ACCUGGCUUCGUUUCGUAGCGAGAUUUCUUGUUUUGUCGCGAACUUCUCAUCGCGCCUUCACCACCGCAAUUAUGAACAGUUUUAAAAAUCCCGCGUGAAUAACCGAAAUCGCAUUUUUACGGAUAAAUUCUCAGUGUUUCGCGGAUCAUUGUACGGGAAAAUAGUUCGACAAAAUUUAGACCGGUUUCGGUCUACGAUUGCCGUUCUCUCGGCUUCCUUCAUCGGUCACCAUUGCCGAGAUAAAUAAAGCAUCUAGGACUCAGCCCGGACCAUGGUUGCUACGUCGACGCCUUAUUUGGAUGCUAUUCAAACAAUUCCCGGCGACACCCCUGGUGAGAAGUUCAAAUGGAUAGCGAACUCCAUAAAGCAACAGCUAUCCGUGUCCAACAAUCUGGAAGAUGCAGUCGAGUUUGAGAAGAUCCCAAAACCUCUUGUACCUCUGGUACAAAUUCAAGCAGCCAUAAUGUUAAACAAGAAAGAUCCAAAGAAUCAGAGCACUUACGAGGCUAUAGCAGAAGCUCUAAAAUCGGAAGACGAAUUGAUCGUGAACAAAGCUUUGAAAGCCAGCAACUUCUUCAAUGGCACCAACGAGAAUAUCACUAAUAAUAAAUAUUUUUUCGAAAAUUUAUUUCCGUACGUUUCUUUGAGGACUAGGUCGCGGGUCAUCAAAACUUUGGCCUCGCACUUAGCACCCAAGCACUCUACCCUCGCUGAACAAUUCUUCUUAUCGGUAGACUCGUUUUACGGUAUAGAGCAAGCCUUACCUUUGCUAAUAGCAUGCAGUGAAUCUUUUGUAUAUAACACUAUCAUAGAGAAGAGGAUGGUACUAAGUCGAAAAAUGGUUAAACUGUUCUUCCGCAAGAAUCCAGACCUCGUCGUGCGCUAUCUUCGACUGAGCAACCCGAAAACCUACUCCUGUGCAAAAAAACUUCCUUCGGUGAAUAUCCAUGAUUAUUCUGAUUUUCUGGUGGCAUUGGUCAAAACACGACUAGACACGUUUGCAGAACUAUUCGAGAUGCACGAAGAAAAUCCACCGAGAAUGCUUCUGAGCAACAAGAGCGUCGAAGUGUUCCUGAAAGACGGCAAAGAAUACCUGGAGCGAAAAACCAAGUUGUACAUUGAGAUACUUCCUCUGAAGAGGAUCAGCAACAGCUACAUGGAGGUUAUAUUUCCAAAAGUACUGCCAGAUAAUAUCAAAGACUUCAACACUGAUAACAUGUUGAGGUAUUUGAAGUACUAUCGACAAGAUAAAAUGGCGGAACUUUUCUUGAGAUCUUAUCAGCAAGUAUAUGAUAAAAAUAUUUUUGAAGAUUCGGAGAACAUAACUAUUAAUUUAUUGGAAAUAUUGUCUCCCGAGGAUCGAGCGAGACAGGCGAAGAUCAAAUUGGAGUCUGAAACUGAAGCGUACAAGGAAAGCGGAAAUACAGUUACCUGGGAGUGUUUUUUAUGUAUCGAAGAAUCGUUACCAUUGUUCAGAGAAGAAAUUUGUAAAGCCUCAAGCAUGGACCAUAGAGCGCGUCUAGCUUGUAAAAUGAUGUAUUCUUGCAAGAUAAACAACAAUGAUUCAGCACUGUUAGAAGUCUUGACGUAUUUGAAGAGCAAGCACUGUAAUGAGCAACCUUAUUUCCUAUUCGAGGUGUUUAGGACUUUGUUGAAACUCUAUGAUCUUCCUCAAUUGGGCGAAGAUUAUUGGACGAUAUUAAUGGAUAUGAUAUUACGUGCUCAUGCGAGAAAGAACUUGUUGGCCUUGAAUAAUAUCGGCGUGAGUAUGAUAGAAGCUGCCAUUCACCAUAAAAUAAUUCAGAAUCAACCGUUUCGUGAGUUAAUUGAUAUACUGAUAGACAUAAAGAUUGGGAUGUGCGACCGCCACUGGAAUAUUCUUCAGAAGUAUUACAACUACGAGAGAAUGUGUCUGGAGGAUUGCCUAAACGUCGUUUCACAAAAAUAUAAUUUAGACCAGGCUCCCUGGAAGGACUACAGAGUUGAAAUCCUCUUCGGUCUCUGCUCUUCGAUUUAUUAUUUUAACCAGAUCCACGUGAACGAAGCUUCUCGUAUAGAACGCAUGACGGUUAAAAACUAUCCAUGGUUGCUGCAAGCGAUAGAAGAAAUUUUACCUAUGACCAGACAGUCUGACAUUUAUAUAGUUGCACAUCUUCAGGAUGUGCUCAUGAGAUACGAAAUGGAUGUGUACGAGCGUUUCUGGCCAAGAAACAAAAAGACAGUUGAAAUAAAAAUAAGCGAGGCUUUAAAAAUUCUAAAGAGAAACCCGCAAGAAAUUCUGGAUUAUUGGAAGCAAUAUCUGGAGGCUUGCAAGGAAAAUUGGAACAAACAACACAUGAAACACUUCGUCAAGGCUACACGUUGGUACAAGGAGAUUCCAAUUAAGUUCGCUAAACAGUGUUUGCAAGAUUUGACUAGAAACAGGGAUGAGGUCUGUUUAAAUAUCUUAAGUAUUCUCGUUUACGGAGAAACGUUCUCAAAGAUCAUAGAACCGAUGAUCCCAACGAACAAGACGGUAGAUAUUUAUGAAAACUAUUUGAGAAGUAGUUACGAUUUGACCCUACAAAUUGCAUUUGGCAUCAAGCUCGCAAAUCCACCGGUGCCUCUGACAAUGUUGAACAAAUUGUGCCAGGGGGACUACUUACCGCUGGCUCUAGCUGCUUUGACAAAUGUUUGUAGAAGAACGAAUAUAAUGGAUGUGGUAUCUUUUGCUAAAAUGUUAUCCAGUCAGAGAGUCUCCGUUCGGAAACACGGGAUAAGAUUGAUGCGUAUCGUGGCAUCCCAUGAUCAAUUACUCAACUUCUUUCAAGCGCAAUGGAGGAUCGAAGAGAAUCAGUCUAUCCGUGAAAUCAUGUCCUUAAUAAUCGUAAAAUUGUUCCAGAAAGAACCAGGACACUCUACGUGGAUAUUGUUCUCUCAUACAAUCUCUUUGCUCGCACUGCAAGAUGAAAAAGCCUGCCUCAAGAUAGUUUCAAUAAUCAGUUCGGUUCCCGACCAUUACGUGGUCGAUUUUAUUAAACAAACCUUAAACAUGAUCGACAAGCUUGAGAAGCUUGGUCUCCAUAAGGAUAAGGUUGCGGAGUAUACGAGUAUCAUGUUGAGCCACAUAGACGCACCUAUUUGCAAUCUUCUACCCGAAUAUUUCAUCAAAGACCUCAUUCAAAGAUAUCUCUUCCAUGAAAAUCAAGAUAUUUCCAGAAAUUUGAGCGAGCUUGUGGUUACAGCUCUGUUGCUCCCAGCGGAGGACAAAUUCGACGAUCGAUUGAAGAUCUUCUCCAGUUUUUUUAGGGAGGUCAUCGUGAAAAGUUGGAACGUCCCUCAUCCCGAAAAUCCCCAUUUUUUUCCGAUGAACAAUGCUCUUCGUAAGUUCAUAGAUGUCAUCACGCACGCGGUCUCGUAUUCGGAUAAGAAGUUACCGUUGAUCGAUGAAAUAUUGUCGGUGUUUAUGGACACUCUUAAUCCUCUGUUGGACCCCACAUCGUACUUGAUAUUAAUAUUUUCGAAGGAGCAACUUUCUUCGAAGUCGCCAGCGCAAUUCGGAUUCAAUGUGAGCCAAAAGUUGAGUGAUUUGGUCAAGAUAUUCUCGCCGCAUUUUGUAUUUUUCAUGGCUGAUAUUUUACGGAAUAUGCCGCUAUCGAAUUCGUUCAAGCAAUACGAUAAAAUCGACAUCGAUUUAGGGGUAAUCGAGGGAUUGUUGGACGUCACCACCAGCACAUCUGCGCUAGUAGCAGCGCAACUGAUGUACUCCAUUAAUACAAAGGAGCAGCAGGAGAGACGCGACAAGCUGAUAGUAAGAUUAAUGAAACAGGAACUUCCGGCGAUCAAGGCCAUAGCCUGUGAGAUUGUUAAUAAAAAUACUCUCACAGAUUAAUCGAGUUUUAAGAUGGAUUUAUCGAUUUCGGUUUGAAAAGGAUGGUCAAUGGUUCGGUAUUAAUCGUUGGUUGUCAGUUACUAAUCGUGUGUACAAUUGCUGUUAGUAUUUUACAUUUUAUUCGAUGAAGUAGAACGAAAGACGCACGAUGGACGAACGAUCGUGAUUUUAGCGAUAAAUGGUUAUUGGAUAGUUGAUCGAACGAUGGAUUUUUAUGCUUGUCGAUACGAGUGAGAGAACGAUGCCGCACAAUUUCAGAGAUUCGAUAGAUCGUUAGGCUGUGAAAGCUCGUGCAAAGCUCGCGAGAUUUAUUUGUCUGUCAGAUAUAAUUUUUAUAUCGGAAAUAUAGAAAUUUUAAACACGCGAACACGCUCAAAGACACUAUUUAAGAAAAUACUAUUGUGAUAUAAGUCUUGGAACGUUACGUGCAUUUGAUUAUGCAUUCGAUGCCAUAGUGCGCAUACGAGGCAUAUAAUAAAGUAUUGCACAAGUACGUGGCGUAUUCUUUCUUCUUUAUUGGAAUUCUACCAUAUCGUAGGAAUUUUAUCGUGUUAUAUAUUUUAAAAUUUACGGAUUUACAAGAUGUUAUAAAUAAGAAAAAUUCAAGACUCUGUAAUAAAUUUAUAUAAUUAACAAAUUUAG